UUUGUCGCUGCCCGGUGACAAGUGAAGCCAAGACGGACUCGACCAAGAUUGUGCCUCUUGAAAUAAGUUCUCAAAAGACUUAAAUAUGGCGGAGAGCAGAGGAAACAGUCGAACUAGCGGAACACGACCAUCUUCUGCGAGGAGCAGACCAUCCACUGGAGGUGCUGUUGGAGGUCGAAGAUCUGCUACUGGAACCAAAGCCACUGGUUCAGGAUCAAGACCAACAUCUAGCGCUGGUGUGAACAAGGAUCUUCUAAGCCGUGAAGAAGAGUAUAUGCGCCUCAAUGCUGCCCUUGAAGCAAAGACUGCAUCACUCAUACAGGAGGCAGAAGAGGUCAUGAGAGAACAAGAGGAUAUCUUGACCCGUUCAUUUAACCGACUUGAACUGAGUGGUGAGGAGGAACACCAGGCUAUAUUCAACACAGAACCAGUUGUUUCUGACGAUAUAUCAAAGCCUUCCCUUAUUCCACCAACAAACCUAGCAUCAGAGAAGAAACCGCCCUCUAGAGGCAGACCUGGAUCAGCAGCUGGUUCAGGCAGACCUCCAUCAAGAAGUAAAACAAGGACCAAAUCCCAGACUUCAAUGUCGUCCAACCGAGCUGAUGAUGUUGCCAUCCCCGAUGCCGUUCAGACAGAUUACUCCUUGGCGGAUACAUUCUCAGCUCUUGAUAAACAGUUUUCUGAAGGAAAUACUCCAGCAGAUCAAGAAUUUGAUGAUGUCCUACCACAAGCUGCAGAGGGAAUGGGAUCAGAGGCUACCAUUCGUUUCCUGAAGGCCAAGCUUCGUGUCAUGCAAGAAGAGCUGGACCGAUUAGCUCAUGAAUGCAAUCAAAAGGAUGAAUCUUUAGGUAAGCUUGAGGUCCGCGUGAAGGAAGCUGAAGAGGAGAGGGCAAGGUUACAGAGGACCAACUCAUCUCAUCAGACUCAGAUUGAUAAGUAUAAGAGAUUAGCAGAAGAUACCAAGAGAAAGAGUGAUGGAUUAGAGAACCAGCUCACAGGACUCAGAAAGGAGUUGGAUGAAUUGAAGAGAAAUCAGAAGAAGUCUGCUACCAGUCAGAAUGCUACGGAAGUAAGAUUGAAUAGGGCACUGGAGGAGGUAGAGAAAUACAAAUCAGAUUUACAACGGAUGAAGACAUCAUCAAGGGAAUCAUCAGAGGGUGAGAGGAGGAGGGUAGAACAGCUGGUUGCAGAAAACAAACGCUUAGAGAAACAGAAGAAUGAACUCAUGUCAGGUUUUAAGAAGCAACUAAAACUCAUUGAUGUACUGAAGCGACAAAAGAUGCACAUUGAAGCUGCCAAAAUGCUUGCAUUCACUGAAGAUGAAUUUGUGAAAGCCCUGGAAUGGGGUAACUGACCCUGUCAUCAAGAUUAAUGUACUGAACGUGGAACGAAUCAGAAAUGACAAUCUGAGGAGGCAAAUGGGUGUUAUUCACACCAUGCAUUUCUGCAAUGUUGAAUGUGAUGACAUGGAAUAAGAUUAAAGGCACUUUGUCAUGGACAUUUUUGGGAGCAUAUGAUAUUAAAUUUGCUGUCAACAGACUUUGUGUUAUUCCCAAGAUGCACUUCUACAAUGCUUGAAUGUAAUGAUAUUGAGUAAGAGUAAAGGGUAAAGGCACUUUGUUUUGGGCUUUCUAAGGGAGUGUAUAAUGAUUUGCUGUUACUCUUUGAAAUACACAGCCAUUAUUCCAUCCCACCAUAGACAUAUUUUGCCUUGCUUCAGACAUUUUCAGGCAAGGAAAUGUAAGAAUGGUUUGAAAUAUGACAGCUGAGGGGGAAUAUACAAAGCCCUCCAUGAUGUCUUUUGGUCAUAAAUCUUGAUUCCUCUCUGGAUGAGUGAUGUCAUAUGUAACUGUGUAAACACCCUCAUGAUGGUGU